AUGGAACGACCUCACCCUGCUGAAAACUCUGAGCAGUUCUCUUCGGACGAACCGCUUAGAUACAGACAUUCGUAUGAUGACGAGAUAAAUGAAAACACGCCUGGUGAAGGUGUUCAUUUAGCAUCCAUACAGGAAAAGAAACGCCUUUGGUGGAGGAAUGCCAUUAUAAAUACCAUAUUUAUUGCUUGUUGGUUUCUUUUUGCAACUUUGUUAUCCGUGUACAACAAAUGGAUGUUCUCGCCAGAACACCUUGGAUUCCCCGCCCCCCUAUUUGUGACGACAAUCCAUAUGUUUAUCCAGUUUGCUCUUGCGGCUCUUCUCCGAUAUUUCUGGCCAAAAACUUUCAAACCCCGGCACGAUCCUACUAGGGAAGAUUAUGCAAAAAAGGCUGUCCCAACAGCUGUUGCCACUGGCCUGGAUAUUGGCCUUUCCAACUUAUCUCUGAAAACGAUAACUCUAUCUUUCUAUACCAUGUGCAAAUCAUCAUCAUUAAUCUUCGUCCUCGGCUUUGCAUUUCUAUUCCGUUUAGAAGUCUUUUCGUGGCGCCUAGUCGCGGUAAUCUUACUUAUAUUCUCAGGGGUGGUCUUAAUGGUGGCGACCGAGGCACAUUUUGUGCUGGAAGGUCUAAUUCUCGUACUGAGUGCGAGUGCACUUGGGGGUCUUCGCUGGAGUCUUACCCAAGUGCUUUUGAAAAGUAAAAACAUGGGAUUUGACAAUCCAGCGGCGACAAUUUUCUGGCUUGCACCUUCGAUGGGGAUUACUCUAGGAAUAUCCAGCGCUAUUCUGGAAGACUGGUCAAGCAUCUUCCGCAGCAAAUUUUUUGAAGGCACGAUUCGGACAUUGGGGACACUAUUUUUCCUGACGACACCAGGGGCCAUAGCAUUUUGCAUGGUGCUGAGCGAGUUCUACAUUUUGCAACGCGCAGGAGUGGUGCCUAUGUCAAUAGCUGGCAUUGCAAAAGAAGUUUCAACAAUCUUGAUCUCUGCCUGGUUCUUUGGGGACAAACUUACAUUGAUUAAUGCCAUCGGUGUCGCGAUUACGGUGUGCGGGAUCGGACUGUUCACGCACCAUAAAUAUCGCAAGUCUCUGGACUCUACAGUUCCCUUGGAUGCUCAUGGCAACCCGAUUGUCGAGCUGGAUGACGCGCUAUUGCUGCCUGAUGAGAAUGAAGGGUACAGACCAGUUGAAGAAAGCAUCGGAUUGACUUUGACACGUGAAGGGAACGAUGUGGACUACGAGGGGGACGAGAGGAGCGACGGCCUGGUAGAGAGACCGGAGGACAAUGAAGCUGAAGAACGGCACCCGCUGGUGGCUCCUGAGUUUCAGAGGGACUCCGGGUACACCGGCGAGACCAGACGAGGCCGAAAUGAUCUAGAACAGGCAAUACAAGCGGAGGAUAGAAAGGGAUGGGAUGGAUAG